CUACUUGUGUCCAGAAAGAAGUGGUGAUGAUAAUAGAUCAUCUACUUGAGCAAAAGACUUUUUUCACAGUUUUUUUUUGUUUUUUUUCCUCAGAAUCUCUCUAUCAGUUAUGUACCUGUGUACCAAUAAAAAAAGACCAAACAAACCUCUUUCUAACUGAAAACAGAGCAAAAUCUUUUGUUUUCUGUCAGCUUAUUUACUUCUUCUGAGUGUUUCUGAAACCCAAAGUCAAUCAUUCUCUCUUUUUUUUGAAACACAGUCAAUUAUUCUCUUUAUUAAUUUCUUGAAAAUUCUAUCAACUUGCUCAAUGAAUCUUGAUAAAAAUAGUUUCUACAGUCACCAAGGAAAGGAACCAUAAGGAGACCUCAAAGACACUUGUUCUCACCAGUUCAUAAAGAAAUAGUCCUUCAAAAUCUGAUAGUUUUGUUAGGCUUCUGGUGGAUGCAAGAUUGAGUUACAAAAAGGAUUCUUAUAUGGAAGGUGGUAGUGGUGGUGGACAUGGCGGUUUCUUACCUAACUCUAGCUUUGGUGCAUUCUCUGAGACGGCUACGAAUAUGGACUUCAUGGACGAACUCUUCUUUGAUGGAUGUUGGCUUGAGGCAACAGAUGGUAAGAGCUUGAAGCAGACAACUUAUACCAACAUGAAUGACAACAACAACUCUUUCCUUUAUGACCAUAUCUCUAAGGUAGAGACAGGGAGAAAGUUUCCUUCAACAACACCAGGUUCUCUCAAGAUCGAAGAUCUCACCAGUCAACCAAUGAACCAAGUACCUUCUGACCACUCUGCAGCUAUGAUUUCUACACAAGCAGAGAAGUUUCUCCUUGAAGAAACUGAGAGAGGUAAAAGAUGGUGGAUAGCUCCAAGAACAAGACAAGGCCCUUCUUCAUCAGUGAAAGAUAGACUAGUACAAGCUAUCAAGGGUCUUAACGAGGCGGUGCAGGAUAAAGACUCCCUUAUACAGAUAUGGGUGCCAAUCCAACAAGAAGGCAAGAACUUCCUCACCACUUUGGAGCAGCCACAUUCCUUCAACCCAAAACACUUGAGUCUUAAAAGAUACAGAGAUGCCUCAGUGGAAUACAACUUCCUGGCUGAUGAGGAUUCCAAGGAGUCUGUAGGUCUCCCUGGCCGUGUGUUCCUUGGGAAGUUACCUGAGUGGACACCUGAUGUGCGGUUCUUCAGAAGUGAAGAGUAUCCACGCAUCAAAGAAGCUCAGAGAUGUGAUGUUCGUGGAUCAUUAGCUCUUCCUGUGUUUGAAAGAGGUAGUGGGAUUUGUCUAGGUGUUGUUGAGAUUGUCAGAACAACUCAAAAGAUGAAUUACAAGCCAGAACUUGAGAAUAUCUGUAAAGCUCUAGAGGCUGUUAAUCUAAGAAGUUCAGAAAACUUGAAAUCUCCAAGCAGUGAGUUUCUGCAGGUCUAUGAUCAAUUCUAUUAUGCAGCAUUACCUGAGGUAUCAGUCUUUUUGACAUCAGUCUGCAGAUCAUAUGAUCUGCCUCUGGCUUUAACAUGGGCACCGUGUGCUAGGCAAGGCAGAGGUGGAUCCAGACAUUCAGAUGAGAACUUCUCUGAGUGUGUUUCAACCGUGGAUUCUGCUUGCUUUGUUCUGGACCAACAGAGUUAUCAUUUCCAAGUGGCAUGCUCUGAACACCAUUUGCUUCAAGGGGAAGGCAUUGUGGGAAAAGCAUUUAAAGCGACCAAACUGUUCUUUGUCCCUGAAGUUACCACUUUUAGCAAGACCAAUUACUCUCUUGCGCACCACGCUAAGAUCUCUGGUCUACAUGCCGCUUUGGCUGUCCCUUUGAAAAACAAAUUCAAUGGUUCUGUUGAGUUUGUGUUGGAGUUUUUCUUUCCCAAAAGUUGUCUUGACACAGAAGCGCAACAAGAAACGCUCAAGUCACUGUCUGUGACACUGCAGAAUGAUUUCAGGAGCUUGAAUCUUGUCAUUGAUAAAGAGCUAGAGCUGGAAGUGGUGUUUCCCGUUAAAGAGGAACUGCUUUUCUCAGAGAACCCUUUGCCUCUGGAACCUUUGCCUUUGGAAGAGAUCUCUCAGGAAGAUUCCUCAUGGAUCUCCCACAUGAUAAAGGCUAACGAGAAGGGUAAAGGCGUGUCCCUUUCAUGGGAGUAUCAGAAAGAAGAGCCCAAAGAAGAGUUCAUGCUGACAUCUGGCUGGGACAACAAGAAUCAGAUUAGCCGUGGCCACAGUAGCUUUGAUGCAUCUUCCUUUGGUGUGGGACAAGGACAACCGUUGUUAGGAAGUAGAAGACCAGGUGAAAAGAGAAGAACAAAAACAGAAAAGACGAUUGGUUUAGAAGUUCUUAGACAGUACUUUGCAGGAAGCCUCAAAGAUGCAGCCAAGAACAUUGGUGUUUGUCCAACUACAUUGAAAAGAAUAUGUAGGCAACAUGGGAUAACAAGAUGGCCUUCCAGGAAGAUCAAGAAAGUGGGACACUCUUUAAAGAAACUCCAACUUGUUAUCGACUCUGUUCAAGGUGUUCAAGGCUCUAUCCAACUAGAUUCAUUCUACACAAGUUUCCCAGAGUUGAGCUCCCAGAAUGUAUCUGGAACUUCCUUCAAGAACAAUGACCAGUCAAGACACUUGAAUGCUCAAACCGAAAAGGGUCUUUCAGCUCAGGGAGUUGCUUCAAGGUCACCACCAUCAUCUUCUUGUAGCCACAGCUCUGGUUCAAGCACAUGCUGCUCAACUGAAGCUAAUCAAAGCACCAAUACUGCUAAUAAUACUUUAACCACUACUCUGAUGGCUGAAAAUGCUGGUGAAAUCUUGAAGAGAGCUCGUAGCGAGGUAAAACUUCACACAGUGAACAUGGAGGAAUCAAAGCCUCUCUCAAGAACACUAAGCCACAAAACAAUCAGCGAGCAUCCUCUUUUCAAGAGUUUACCAGAGAGUCGUAGCAGAAGCUUGAAAGCUGGAGGCGGAUUUAAAGUGAAAGCCACGUUCGGUGAGGCCAACGUAAGGUUUACUUUGCUCCCAACAUGGGGCUUCAGAGAGUUGCGGCUAGAGAUCGCUAGGCGUUUUAACAUAGAUAAUAAUAAUAUUGCAGCCUUUGAUCUUAAGUACCUGGAUGAUGACAAGGAGUGGGUUCUUCUGACGUGUGAAGCGGAUCUCGAGGAGUGUAUCGACAUUUAUAGAUCAUCACAGAGCCGCACUAUCAAGAUCAGCGUUCAUGAAGCUUCUCAACUCAAGCUGAGAGGCUCUUUUGGUAGUACUGGUCCUUCGUUAUAAGCCAUAUGGAAAGGUCGCUACCUGAAAGGACAAGGAGAAUCUUCUACUAAUUUAACAGUGUGUUAGAAACAAAAUAUUACUCACAAAUUUAUAGACUUAGGACAUCGUUUGUAUACACACUUUCAGUGCCUUGGAACAAUACAAUACUAUUUUGCAAGCAGUAGUAGUGGACUACUCAAGACUGGUUUUCUGCAUCGGCUUUAGCAUGUUUUUUUGUAUAGUAAGGGCGAUAUUGCAUACCAGGAAAACAUGCUUAUUUGUAUUUUAUUUUAUGUUCUGGAUU